AUUAUACGUGUAAUGUUUGAUUUGUGUUUGUUCUCUUUUUCAUUUUGUUUCGGAGGAGAACCAUUUGUCGGCUGUGUGUUUGAUGUUGGAAGGUCUGGCCUUGGACUGGUUUCGUUGGCGACAGCGCAAUCACCUCUUGGAUUCUUGGGCGGAUUUUGUUACCAAUUUUAAGCUCCGCUUCGACCCUUUCAAUUAUGUGGACUCUUUCAGGUUGUUAUCCAAAGUUCAGCAAAUAAAAACGGUUCUCGAGAAUUUACACGCAUUUGAGAAGAUCUUGGUCAAUGUUCCCGCUGUUGAUGAAACAAAUCUACAAUCUCUAUUCCACGCCGGCCUAAAGCCUCACCUCCAGCAUGAGAUUAUGUUGCAAAAACCCACGUCUCUAUCUAGUUCUUUUGCCCUAGCUCGGGAAUUGGAAGCGAAACAUGCUGCAUGGGCCACCUCCAUUCAGCCGCGGGUUCCGCCCCGCCAUGGCCCUUGGGUAUUUGGAAAAACUGCCUCGCCUCCUUUGGCAACGACGCUGCUGCCCACACUGGCUGGGAUACCAGACAACAACGCAAACCCGACCCACCCCAUCCGAAGAUUGACCUAUGCUGAAAAAAGGGAAUGGGAUGCCAAAGGCUUGUGUUAUAAUUGUGAUGAAAAGUGGGUUAAGGGACAUAGAUGCGGCCGUUUCCUUUUUCUCUUGGAGGAUGAUGAGAUGGAUGAGAGUUUGCCACCAGAGGAGUCAGACAACAUCGUCAUGACAGCCGAUGUCUCGAGUCUCAAUAGCAUGGUAGGUGUAAUGCCCUGAAAAUAGGCCUAUCAGAAUUAAUUAAUUGAUAAUUAAUUAAUUACUCAGAAGGACCCAAAAAUUAAUGAUUUAUAAGUUUGUUAAUAAAUAAUGAAAAUUAUA